CAUUGGCAAAAGAUUCCACUGGGUGAUUGCAGUAACACAAAUCAAUGUUAGCGUGAGAGCCUACAUUCACCAGUUAGAAGGCGUUGUGUGCCCCCCCCCAGCGGCGCCAUCAUGUGGCAGGAGGCCCGACGGCACGAGCGCAAGCUGCGCGGGAUGAUGGUGGACUACAAGCGGCGAGGGGAGCGACGGAGAGAGUAUUACGAGAAGAUUAAAAAAGACCCUGCCCAGUUUCUUCAGGUGCAUGGAAGAGCCUACAAGAUCAGUCUGGAUCCGGCAGUGGCGUUGGCGGCUGAGAGCCCCAUCAACAUGAUGCCUUGGCAGGGUGAUGUCAACAACAUGAUUGACAGGUUUGAUGUGCGGGCACACUUGGACUACAUCCCCACCUACACACCCCCGCUGCUCAACACCAC